UAAAAUUGCAAACCCUAGUUACCCUACUUUAGCUUUUUUGAAAAAAAUGUUCAAUGAGAAUGAAAUUAUGAAUGCACAACAUAGAAUGAAUGUCUUAAUUUAUUUUUGCAUUUGUAAUGUUUUAUUGCAGCAACCUUCACAUUCUUAUUUGCCUCAAGUUUCACAAAACAAUCAUACAAUGUCCUCUUCUAGACCUCCCAUUAGAAAGGACCCUGCUUGGAAAUAUCAUGAGGAUUUUCCAGGGCAAAGAAAAGGGCAAACAAAGUGUAUAUUUUGCAAAACAAUAUUCCAUGGAGGCAUAUAUAGAUUGAAAUACCAUAUUGUUGGUGUGCGUGGGCAUGAUGCCGACCCAUGCACAAAAGCAGUCACUGAGGCCGUACGUGAUUGCUAUGUAAUGGUUGAAGAAAUUGAAAGGAAAAGGAAAGAAAAAGAGGAUCUCACAGUCAUUGGGAGACAUGCACCUUUAGGAACAGGGACACAAUUAGGUUGUGUUGGAGGGCCUUCUUCCUUACCUUCAUAUCGUCCCACUCAUUUUGCUACUACUCAUGCUUCCGGUUCUGCUUCUAUAAGUGCCAGUGCUAGUGCCAGUGCCUCUGCCCCUUCUCAUGUUCCUAGCACUGGCAGUGGUAGUGGGAAUGCUAGCAUUGGACCUAGGAUUCGUAAAUCUAGGUUGGAUACCUUUUUUGCACCUCGCACUACUCCUGGGUCCCAACAGUCACUUGAGAGCAUGGGUUGGAACAAGGAGGUCCAUGAUGCUGCUAAAAUGGCAGUUGGCAGAUUUUGGAUCUAUGGCAGUAUUCCAUUCUUCACAGCCAGGUCACCUUAUUGGCAAGAAAUGGUUGAUGCCCUUACCAUUUGUGGGGCGAGGUAA